AUGGAAAUAUAUAAUUCACAUAAUAAAUUAGAUAAUGAAAAAGUGAAUAUCUUAAGAAACAUAAAAAAAAGUGAAGUUAAUUCAGAUAAAAUAUGCAAAAUUGAAGAAAAAAGGUGUAUAAAUAAAAAAAUUAAAGAAGAUAAUACAUCUGAAAACUCAUUUAAAAACUCUGAUGAUGUAAGUGAAAAUAAAAAAAAGUGCAUUUUAAAAUAUAAUAAUAAUGAAAGUAUAAUUAAUAAUAUAAAUAAUUCUGAUAAUAUUACAAGUAAAAUUUCUUCAUGUAAAACAAUAAAUAAAAAUAAUAAUUUAGAUAUAUCAUCAUCAUUUAGUAGUACUGAUUUGAACCAUUUUUGCAAAGGUAAUAACUGUAUCAAUGGAGAAUUAAACAAUAUACUAGAUAAUAAAAAUAAUACAAUUCAAUACAAUAUAUUGGAAAGUGUAAAGAGGGGAAAAUUACUUUUUUCAAGCAUAUCAAAUGAAAAUUCUUUAAAUGAAGAAAAUGUAUUUAAUGCAAAUGAUUCUAGUGAAAGCAGUUUUUUGUGUAACGAUGAAAUUAAUGAAAUAAAUAGUUUAAUUUUACCUGAAGUAAAAAAAAAAAACACUCUUGAAAGUUUAUCCAAUAGUUAUGUGAAAAACGAAAAUGAAAUAAAUUUCAAUGGAGAGGAAAAAGAUAUAGAAAGUGAUGAUGAUAAAGAAAUAAAAACAAUUUUAAGUGUACUUCAGAAUUUAAAAAAUUAUAAAUUUAAUGAUUCAAAUGACUUCGAUAACGACGCAAAUUAUGAAUGUUUAGAUAAUGGAAAUCCGUUAAGUGAAAAUACAAAUUCUUGCAAUUGUGAAACUGCUGAAAAUAAUAAAAUAGAAGUUGAUAAUAUAAUUCAUGAUAAAAAUACUCCUUUCUUAGGAAAUGAAUAUAAAUUUAACAAUACAAAUGAUAAGGAUGAAGAAGAUAAUAUUAACUUAUGUAAAAUAAAAGAUAAAUAUAAAAAUUUUACUCUUUCUUUAAAUGCUAUAAAUGAUAAUGAAAUGAAUAAUAACAAUACGAAAAAAAAAGAUGAGGAGACAUCCAAUGGAAGAAAUGAAGGAGGUAAUGAAGAAAAUAUAUUGAAAGAAGAUUAUAUAUUGUAUAAUGAAAAAAAUAAAGAAGAAAAACAAUUAGAAGAUAAUAUAGCAUACAAUAAAAAAAAUAAAGGAAUGUAUGAAAAUAAGAUUGAUGAAUUAAACAAAGAAGAAAUUGAAUUAAAUGAAGAAAAUAAUGAUAGAAUAAAUAAAAAUAUAUACAGUGAAACAUAUAAUGAAACAGACAAUUAUGAUAACUACACAAAUGAAAUUAUGAAUAAUGAAAACAUCAGCAAUUUAUUUACUAGUUAUCCAAACAAAACCAAAGAACAAAAAGCUUAUUAUGAUAAAUAUAAAAAUAGUUAUAAUGAAAGAAUCAAUUAUCAGGAAAGUUUUUCUAAUCUAACUAAUGAUCAAUUAGAUACUUAUAUAGCAAUAGAAAAAAGUAACAGCAAAAAAAGUAGUCUUAGUUUUAAUAAUAUUUCAUUAAAAAAAAAACAUACUAAAAACAAAAUAAACCUUAAUUCAACAACAAAAACUAAUAAUUAUGAUAAAAGAGAAAAAAAAAAAAAAAAUUUAAUUGACUUAGUAAGCAUGAAACAAAAAAAUGAUCAUGAAAUGCUAUAUAAUGAAACAAAAAAAAAAAAAGAAGAAAACUUAAAUUCAGAAAAUAAUACAAGUUAUAUUUUGAAUAAGAAGAGUAAGAAUUCCGAGAAAAUAAGAAAAAAAAAAUUAUUAAAAUCAAAUAUUAAUAAUCUGAAAAAUAUUGAUAAAACUAGUAUUAAUUAUAAAAGUGAUAUAAAUGAAGAUAUAAAUGAUAUAAAAGAUGCAAACUCAAAUAUUGAUAAUAUAAAUGUUUUUGAUUCUAAUAUAUUGGACAAUACGAAAAAUAUUUCAUCACAAAAUAGACAAAUUCCAGAUAACUUAAUAGAUAUAAAAAAUUUAAACACUUUAAAUGAAGAAAAUUUUGAAUUUGAUUUAUAUUUAAAUAAAUUAAAUAAUUUAAAAAGUCUUCUUCACCAAGAAGUUAGCGAAAGUGAAGAUAGCGUUGUUGAACUAACCAAGGAUAAAAACUCUGAUUUUGAUAAAAAUUAUGACCAAAAAAAUAAACUAAAUGAAGAAAAUGAAAAAAAAAUAAAAAUAAUUGGUGCAAAUGAAUACAAAGAAAAAAAAAACGAUGAAAUAAUAGUAGAAUAUAAUAAAGAAGAUAGUAUUUUAAAUAAUGAGGAAAAUAAAAAUUACAUAAAUAAAUUUACUUAUGAAAAUAAUGGAAAAGAAAAUGAUAUGAAUUCGGAUAAGAAUAAGUUAAAGAUAGAGUUACUUAUAGAAAAGAAUAAAUUCUUGAAAAAUGAAAUAAAAAAUUUGCAAAAUAAAAUAGUUAUAUUUAAAAAAAAAGAAAUAAAAUUUAAUAAAAAUAAAGAAAAAUAUAAAAAAAAAUUAUCAAUGAUUAAUGAAUAUGAAAAAAAAAUAGAUUAUAUUAUAAGCGAUUUUAAUAAACUAAAAGAGAAGUGCACUAUCAAGGAAAAAAAAUUAGUAAAGUAUGAAGAAAUUACAAAAUAUAUGAAUGAACAGUUUUCACUUAGUAAAAUUCAAUUUGAAAAUAAAAUGAAUGAAUAUGUUAUAUUUUUGAAAAAAAAAGAUUCAGAAAUAUAUAUGCUUAAAGAACUAAUCAAAGAAAAAGAAAAAAUAAUUUCUUUUAAUGACAGUAUACUAAAACAAUAUAAAAAUGAUAUUGAUGAUAUGUUAAUACAAAACAUUGAAAGAAUAGAGCAUGUUAAAAAAAAGUUAAAAGCACAACAAUGUAUGAUAAAGGAAAAAGAUUUAAAAUCAAAGAAACUAGAAGAAGAAAAUAGAAACUAUCUAGAACAAAUAAGCAAAUUAGAUAAUGAAAUAAAAAAACUGGAAUUACAAAUAAAGAUAGAAGUUGAAAAAAAGAAAGAAUUAAAAAAGAGCAAUGAAAAAGAAAAGGAAAAAAAUAUAAAUUUAACUAAUAAAAUUGAGGAAAUAAAUAAAGCAAAUAAUGAUUUACAUUAUAAAGUAAAUCAUUUAAACGAAAAAGUAGAGAAUUUAUUAAACAAUGAAAAACAUAUUAUUAGCAAUAAAAAUGAAUUAAUAGAAUGUAAAAAAUUAUUAAAUGAAGAAAAUGAGAGAAUGAAAGGUGAAAUAGAUUUACUAUUAAAAGAAAAAAUAAAAAUUGAAGAAAGUUAUAAUACAAUUAGUUUAGAAAGAAAUGAAAUGUACGAGAAAAUAAAAAUCUUGAAAAAAGAGAAUGAAAAAAAAAAUUCUGAUAUAACUAAUUUAGAGGAAGAACUAAAUAAGUUAGAAAAAGAAAGUAAAGAAUUACAAGAAGAAAAAGAUAACCUUGAAAAAAAAUAUUUUGAUGAAAUAAACGAAAAAGACAAGAUGAAAAGUGCUUUAGAAGAAAGGAAUAAAGAAAUGGAAAAUUACCAGAAAGAAAAGGAUUUAAUAGAGAAAAAAAUUUUUGAUAUAGAAAAAAUAAAAGAAGAAAUUAUUUUGAAGAAUGAAAAAGAAAUUGAGUUUUUAAAAAGUGAUAUAAAGGUUUUAGAACAAAAACUUGAUGAAACGACCAAAUUAUAUAGCAAAGAAAAAGAAGUUAUAGAAAAUUUAAAUGAAGAAAAAAAUAAGUUCAUUAAAGAAUGUGAGAAAUUAAAGAACAAAAAUAAAAAAAUUUCAUCAAAAUUAAAAGAGAAUCAAAUUAGUACUAAUGAAACCUUAAAUAAAAUUAUAAAAGAAAAAGAAGAAAUCUUAGAAAAGGAGAAAAACAAUUUUUCACAAAAAAUUGAAUCGUUAGAAAACGCAUUUCAACAAUCAUAUAGUGAAAUACAUGAACAAAAAGAAAAAUUAGAAUUGGAACUGAAUGAGUUAAAAAUAAUAAACGAAGAUAUAAAAAAAAAUUCUAAGAAUCUUUUAAAUGUUAAUGAUUUAUUAAUAAAAGAAAUGAAAACAUACAAUGAAGAAAAAGAAGAAUUUAUUAAAGGAUUAAAAAAUAUCAAACAAGCAUAUAUGAAAUUAAAAAAUGAAAAUGAAGAACUCAAAAAAAACUCUUUCUCAUAUGUUAAGAAGGAAAUUGAAGAAAAUUAUGUUUCCAUAAAUAUUCACAAUAAUGUAUUAAAUGAACAAAAAAAUUUAAUUUUAGAAAAGAAUAUGAUGAAAUCUCAAUUGAAAGAAAAUGAAAAUAUUAUAAAUGUUUUAAACAAAGAAAAAUCAGAAAUUAAUGAAAUUUUAAGUAAAAUCACGAAAGAAAAUGAAGAAUUAAAUACAAAUAUAAAAGUUAAAAGUAAAAUAACAGAAGAUAUAACUUUAAAUGUUGAGAAAUUAAAGUUAGAGUUAAAUAAUAAAGAAGAGGAAAUAAAGAAAAAAACAUUAGAAAUUAAAAAAGUAGAAAGGGAUUACAAAAAACUACUAGAUGAUUACAAAAUAGAAAAAAAUAAUUUAGUUUCAAAAUAUGAAAAUGAAUUAGAUACAUAUAUGGGUAAAUGUGAAUUUGCUCAUGCAAAAUAUAAGAAAUGUGAAGAAGAAAUUAAAGAACUAAAAAAUAAACUAAAAAUGAAAGAUGAAGUAAUAGAAUAUACACAUAAAGAAAUUGAAAAUAUCAAGGAAUCCUUCUGUAAUGAAUAUGAAAAUAAAAUAAAAAAUUUAGUUGAAGAAAAAGAUAAAGAAAUAAAUGUGAUACAAAAAAAAUAUAAGGAAUUACAUGAAGAUAACAAUAUAAAUAAAAAUGAAAUAACGAAAUUAAAUAAAAUGUUAGAAGACGCAAAUAAAAAAAUAAAAAAGAGAGACAUGGAAAUGUAUAUAUUACUUGAAGAAAAUAAAAAACAAAAAGAAAAAGCUGCAAAAAAAAUGACAAAAGUGAAUGAAUUGUUAAACAAUUUGCAUAAAGAAUAUACUGAUAAUAUUCCCUAG